AAAUUAACAUCUUCCCUAUAUUUUUAUCCUCUCUCCUGAUAAUUACGAUACAUAUAUCCGUUUUCCCACUAUAUUUAAUGCUCUCCAAUUUAAUACAUUUCCAUUUUUGAAGCUCAACUAUCCACUCUUAAGACUUUUGCUUUGGAGAGAGAAAAUCUCAAAAGGCACGAAAAAGCGCAUCGUAGAGAGAGAAACAGGGCAUUUUGGGGAUCUGGUGGUCUUUAUUUUCUCGGGAACUGAGAGUUCCCAAUCAAUCCCUGCUCAUCUCGUUUCUCAGCCAUGAUUGCAUGCUAUUUUUUUUUGUUAUAAAUGGUGACACCUGAUCUAGGUCAUCAGCUACCGGUCCAAGAAUGUCCUGCUGCUUCCAUAAAGACUAAAAAAGGUUUAGGGUUUUAACUGCAGUUAACCGUGGAUUUUAAAUCCUCCUGAGUUCUUCAGUUCCUUCCUGGGUUCUGUGUCCCUUCAAAGGAAAAUUAGGGCUAGGUUUCAGAGCCUUUAAAUUUUGAUGAUCUCUGUGUGGUUAUUGCUUCUUUUCUCAGGCUUAGAGGCUUCCUUAAAAGGAAAACUAGGUUUAAAGAUCAAAAUUUUGGGAUCAUUCAAUAUGUUUUGAGCCAAUUGUUUCUUAUGUUUCUAUAAAAGGAAAGUUUGGGUUAGGGUUUCCUUUUCUGAAAUUGAGGAACCAGACGAUGGCCUAUCCAUUAAAUUCAGGGUCAGUUAAUCCAAGUACACUGAGACUAGUACUGAUUUUGAUGAGUACUUGUUUGGGUGUUUAUCUAUUAGGUCCACCCUUGUAUUGGUACUUUGCAGAAGGUGCAUUUGCCUCUACCUCAUGUUCUCCAUGCCGCUGUGAUUGCUCUUCUGAGGCCAUUUUCUCCAUGCCUCAAGGCUUUGGCAACAGCUCAUUUGCAGAUUGUGGAAAAAAUGAUCCCAAUGUGAGUGAGGAAAUGGAGAAAAGCUUCACCGAUCUUUUGGCUGAGGAAUUAAAAUUGCAAGAACUUGUGGCUUCAGAAAAUAAGCGACAUGCAGACGCCGCGUUGCUCGAGGCCAAAAAGGUGUCCUCUCAGUAUCAAAAAGAGGCAGAUAAAUGCAAUGCAGGAAUGGAGACUUGCGAAGGAGCAAGAGAGAAAGCAGAGGCCGCUCUCAUUGCAGAGCGAAAGUUAUCUGCAUUAUGGGAAAUGAGAGCAAGAGAGAGAGGGUGGAAUGGCUCUGAAACCACGAAUAGGUGAUCAAGAAAAUCGACACUUUUUUUUUUGAUCAUCUCUUUCCGAUUAAUUAUUAUCGGGUUUCCCCUCUCGUAUUUAAUUGAGUCCUUAUUUUUGGCUUGUUGUCUUCAAAUGCUCCAAAGGCUUAGUUUGGGCUCAAUAACUUUUUUAUGUAUUUUUUUCUUAUGAAUUUAUCUCUCCUUUUUUUUUCCCCUAGCCUUGUAACUUAGAAUUCAUGGAUGUAACUGUUUUUGUUCUCAAGAAAGAAAAUUAUUUAUGGAUUUGAA